AAUGUAAUUCUAGAACACUCUAAACUUAGAUAACUCAGAGACUAUAUAAAUAUGUAUGUACUUGAUUGGUGGUCAAAUCUAAGUCUAAACCCUACUCAGACUCACUACUCUCAAAUCACCAUUCUCAGCUCACAUUCAUUUCUCUGAUCCGAUUCACACCCAGCUAUGGCGAUAAUCUCCGAGUUCGAGGAAGAGCACAAAGAGACCAAACCUAAGCCCAACCCCAAUCUCAAGCCCUCCGCAUCCCCUUCUUCAUCAUCAUCAGCCACGGCGUCCUUUACUGCCACUUUGAAUCCCUCCAAUCCGCUAGGGUUCUUGGACAAAGUUUUCGAAUUUGUCGCUCAACAUAGUGAUUUUCUCGACAAAGUUACCGCGGAGAAGGAGAUUUUGUCUGUUGCUCGCGUCGCUAAGGAGAAGGAGAAGGAGAGUAAGAGGAGAAAGGUGGAAGAGGUCGAGGAGAAGAAGGUGAGUGUGGUGCCUAAGAAAGAAGAAGAAGAGGAGGAAAAGUCUCCUGUGAAAGUAGAAAACAAGGAGGAAAGCGGUCUCAGAGCUCCCAAUCUUGGGAAUGGGCUUGAUCUUGAAAAAUACUCAUGGACGCAGAGCCUGCAAGAAGUUACUGCAGUUAUCCCAGUGCCCGCUGGAACCAAGUCAAGGUCGGUUGUCUGUGAUAUAAAGAAGAACCAUCUAAAGGUUGGACUCAAGGGUCAGCCACCUAUCAUUGAUGGGGAGCUCUUUCGGCCCGUCAAGCCUGAUGAUUGUUACUGGAGCAUAGAGGAUCAAAGUUCUAUCUCUAUUCUUUUGACCAAGCAUGAUCAAAUGGAUUGGUGGAAAUCUUUGGUGAAAGGUGAUCCUGAGAUUGACACCCAAAAAGUUGAACCUGAAUCAAGCAAGUUAUCUGACCUGGACCCAGAAACUCGACAGACAGUUGAAAAGAUGAUGUUUGAUCAGAGACAGAAGUCUAUGGGACUCCCAAGCAGUGAAGAAAUGCAGAAAGAGAACCUUCUGAAGAAAUUCAUGGCUGAGCACCCGGAGAUGGAUUUUUCAAGGGCUAAGAUUUCAUAAGUUGCUUGCCAUUCAAAAAUGUGUGUUUCAUCCCAACUUUACCAUAUGGAUACAAGUUACCUAUUAGGGUUUACCUCAAUUUUUCUUGUCAUUUUUUGAUGCUAGACUGUUUCUGAACUCUUAUCAUAUAAUGAUAUAAUAAUAGCAAAGUUUAUAUUUUAA